AUGACGACUCGAAUAGCUCCGGGAGUAGGAGCUAAUCUUCUGGGCCAACACUCCGCCGAGAGGAACCAAGACGCCACUGUUUACGUCGGAAAUCUCGAUCCUCAGCUCUCUGAAGAAUUGAUUUGGGAAUUGUUUGUACAAGCCGGUCCCGUUGUUAACGUCUAUGUCCCAAAAGACAGAGUGACAAAUUCUCAUCAAACAUUUGGAUUCGUUGAAUUCCGUAGUGAAGAAGAUGCUGACUAUGCGAUUAAGGUUCUUAACAUGAUUAAGCUCUACGGGAAGCCUAUACGUGUUAACAAGGCGUCUCAAGAUAAGAAGAGCUUGGAUGUUGGUGCUAACCUUUUCAUUGGAAACCUUGACCCUGAUGUGGAUGAGAAGCUCUUGUAUGAUACUUUCAGCGCGUUUGGUGUGAUUGCUUCUAAUCCUAAGAUAAUGCAUGAUCCUGAUACUGGGAACUCGCGAGGUUUUGGUUUCAUCAGCUACGACUCCUUUGAGGCAUCUGAUGCUGCUAUUGAGGCAAUGACUGGGCAAUAUCUCUGUAAUCGUCAAAUAACAGUCUCUUACGCAUACAAGAAAGACACCAAAGGAGAGCGUCACGGUACUCCAGCAGAGAGGCUUUUGGCUGCCACAAAUCCAAGCUCCCAGAAGAGCAGGCCGCAUACGUUAUUCGCAAGUGGACCGCCAUCGCAUCCCAACGCUCCUCAAGCUAACGGUAUACCACGUCCGUUUGCCAACGGCGGCAUGCAACCUGUCCCGAUGCUGGCUCCGCGUCCAACACCGCCACCACCUCCUCCACAAGUCUAUCAAGCUCAGCCUCCAUCUUGGCCACCUCAGCAGCAGCAACAACAACACGGCUUAGCCAUUCCACCUCCCCAAUUCCGUCCUACUCAGGGACUCCCUCCGCCGCCACCUCCCCAGUUUCUUCACCACCAACAAGGCUUCGGUGGUCCAAGACAACCACCACCACCACCUCAAGCCAUGGGAAUGCACCAGCAACAAGGAUGGCCGCCGCAACACAUGCAGCAAGGUGGACCCCCGCCGCCACAACACAUGCAGCAAGGUGGACUACCACCGCCACAACAAGCUAUGCAUCACCAUCAUCACAUGUCUAUGCCUCCACCACCACCACACCAAGGCUGA